UUUAAUGAGGAAUACCAUAGCGGUCCAACAAGUAUUCAUUUUCGCCCUUUUGAUAAGCAAAUAAAAAGUUUAUAAAUAUGGGAAACACUGUUACGCAGAUCAAUCAAACGUUUCUAUUUGCAUACUAAAAAUCGUGAAAUAAACUAGCGCACAAAGGAAAGCAACACACAUACAUAUAUUAUUUGGAAACUGGACUUUGGAGAAAGACAUGAAGAGUUUACUUGAAUUUUUACUAUGUUUGGCUUUCUUGCACAAAUGCAGUAUGGGCCGGGUGGUCGAUCAGCAGAUUGAUCAAAGUUUUCUCGCAAUAUGCCGUAAUCGAAAUGGAGUCACAGCACCCAUGGCGGGCUCUUGCACAGGUUUCUUUAUUUGCGUCGAUGGCCACGCCAUUGCUAGCUCUUGCGGCAAUUUUUAUCAUUUUAAUGCCCGCACAGGACUUUGCGAACAUCCUCUGAAAGCUGCCUGUUCCAGUAAAAAGUCACUUAUCAGGGAUGCAGUACCUGCAACAAGAUUAAUUACUCGUUCCUCUUUGCCGAAACCGAAAAAUCCAAACGAAGUAAUUGCCGAUCUGAGUGCAGGCCCAAUCUGCAGGAAUCAGCUAACUGGUAUAAUUCUACCUAAAUCGGACUCCUGCACACAAUACUAUGUGUGCAUACUGCAGCGACCUUUUCGCCGCACUUGUCCUCCCAUGUUGCACUUCAAUGCAACACGAGGUCUAUGCCAGGAUCCGGUGAUGGCUCAAUGCGUUAUGCCAUUCGACAAUAAGCAAGAAAUGCCAGCAAAUAAAAGGAAAGUGAUAAACUAUUCUAAAGAAGCUAGCCUAGCUGCCGGAAUUAUAAAAGCCGAUACUGAUUACAGCAACGUAGAAGAUAUUUGCGCAACAAGUUCAGAUGGUACCGUGCUCCCUUACCCAGGCGACUGUGGCCGGUUUAUUUUCUGUGUGCACCACCAAACUUUGACAUUGUUUUGUCCAGAAGGACACCACUUUAGUCGGCGAUAUGGACGUUGCGAAUGGCCUGCCGUAGCAGAAUGCCGCACACUUUCCUAAAAACGGGGCACUUCUAUUUGCUUCAGUCAACAUUUUUUGCUUAUGUACAUGUGUAUAAUAUCCAUAACCAACCCAAAAGCGUACGAGUACCAUAAAAAUUGUAUUUUAUAUAAUCUGUGAAUUUUACUUGCGUGAACUUGUUCUCAAAAUAAUGUUAUGUAGCUUUAUGUAAACAUGUGUGAAUAUGUACACUAUGCGCGUGCUUAUGUGCAUAAACAAGGUGGCGCAAAAUUAAUCACCCUAUUGGAAGACUUAUAAUUUUUGCAAAUUUCAUCGUACGUCAAUCAUAUUUUACAUUUGUGAAUUACACAGCUGCAACUUAUAACAGGCAAG